AUGAGCAGCGAUCACCACAUCGGUGUGGUGCUGGACCGAGUGGCCGCGGACCUCUGGUUUGUGUACAACCAGCUUACACCGGGAGCGUUGACCCGCGUCGGUCCCCUGCUUCGCGACAUCUACUAUGAUCUUGAUGCGCUUUCUACUGCCUUGCUCAUCUGCCUGGCGGUCGCGACCCUGUGUCACACCAUCUCGACCCUCACCCGGAACCAGAGCGUGGUGGACAAGCUGUGGAGCAUUCUGCCCGUGGGGUACACCUGGCACUUCCUGUGGCGCAGCCACCUGAGGGACUUGCAGGGGCAGUUGGUGGUGGACCCCCGCCUCGUUCUGAUCGCCCUGCUCGUCACCGUCUGGGGCUCCAGGCUCACCUUCAAUUUUUGGCGCAAGGGUGGCUACGCACUUCAUGCGGAAGACUAUAGGUGGGAAGUUGUGCGGCAGGGCGGUUCCGGCGUCCCAGUCUCCAUCCUCCCCGUAUUUAACCUGUUCUUUGUGUCCUUUUACCAAAACAUUCUCCUGCUGCUCAUCACUUUGCCUGUCUACGCCGCCUGGCGGCAUGCGGGCACUCCCCUCAACCGAAUCGAUGCUUUGGCAUUCCUCCUCUGCUCUGGCUUCCUAGCGCUGGAGACUGCUGCGGACCACCAGAUGUGGAACUUCCAGGUAGCAAAGCAUGCUAAAGCAGCAGCUGGCAAGCGUCUGACAGGCGACUAUGGCCGGGGCUUCCUGACCUCGGGGUUGUUUGCUUACAGUCGUCACCCCAACUUUUUUGCCGAACAAGCAUUUUGGGCUUCCAUCUACCUGUUUGGUGUGGCUGCCUCCGGCUCCUGGAUCCACUGGAGCGGACUGGGUGUGCUGCAGUUGAUUGCACUAUUUCAUUUCAGCACCAGCCUGACAGAGGACAUAACAGCACGGAAGUACUCCAAGUACAAGGCAUACCAGGCGUCCACCUCGCGACUCGUCCCCUGGGUCCCGGGGAAGCCCAAGUGGCGCUGA